UACUCAUUAGUCUUAAACUACUCAAAUUAAGGUUGAUUUGAGAAUAACGUCGUUUUUUUUCCUCUCCAUCUGUGCUGCUGUGGGGCGUUCACAAGCGUUCAGCCCACAGACGGUUCAUGACGGGCAACAACGCUGCGCGAGCUGCUGCUACUGGUGCUGCUACUUCCUGAAUUCACAGCAACAGAUGAAAACGGCUGUUUGUCGUAGGAGCCAGCAGACACAGCAGCGUAAAGUCUGUCCGUCAAACCACAAGAUAAGCUUUUUAAGAUAAGGUUAUAAGCGUCCGUUGGCUUGCGUCGAGGAGUGUCGCCGCUCUGCAGCGAUGGUGGAGACUCCAGCUGGCUGUCUGUUUGAAGCCAUCCAGUAUGAGGACAUCCAAGUUGAAGCGGCUGUGGGCAGAGGGACAUUUGGAGUUGUCUUCAAGGCCAUAUGGAAAGGAAAGGAUGUAGCCAUCAAGACCAUUGAGAGUGAGAAUGAGAGAAACGCUUUCCUUGUCGAGCUCCGUCAGCUCUCCCGGGUGAAUCACCCCAACAUCGUUAAGCUGUAUGGCUCUUGUGACAAUCCAGUCUGUCUGGUCAUGGAGUAUGCAGAAUGUGGCUCUUUAUAUAACCUGUUGCACAGUGCAGACCCACAGCCCCACUACACAGCAUCCCAUGCAAUGAGCUGGUGUCUGCAGUGUGCCCAGGGAGUUGCUUAUCUGCACUCUAUGAAGCCAAAGGCCUUAAUUCACCGGGAUCUCAAACCACCAAAUCUGCUCCUCGUGGCUCAUGGUACUGUGCUGAAGAUAUGCGACUUUGGAACAGCUUGUGAUAUUCAGACCUAUAUGACCAACAAUAAAGGCAGUGCAGCCUGGAUGGCACCAGAGGUGUUUGAAGGUAGUAACUACAGUGAAAAGUGUGACGUGUUCAGCUGGGGCAUCAUCCUGUGGGAGGUCAUCACACGCAAGAAGCCCUUUGAUGAGAUUGGUGGCUCAGCGUUUUGUAUUAUGUGGGCUGUUCACAGAGGUACACGGCCUCCUCUGAUCAAAGACCUUCCAGAUCCCAUAGAGACUCUGAUGACCCGCUGCUGGGACAAAGAGCCUAGCCAGAGACCAUCCAUGGAGGAGGUCAGGAACACCAUGAGCCGUCUUAUGAAGUACUUCCCAGGCUCUGAUGAACCGCUCAAGCUCCCUCACCAGUCUUCAACCACAAGCACAGGCUCGUAUAUGGACUACACCAUCAACAGUAACCGGAGUGACGACAACACGGAGCACAGAAACUCUUUUGGCAGGGAAGAAACCCUGAAAAGCUUUGAAGCCAAAUUUCCACUACAGUUCAAACCCUCAAAGACAGCCACACUGCGCACUGGUCUGUCCAGAGUGUCCAGUAUAGACAGUCAACCCGGACGCUCUCAGAGCCCCACCCACUGCACCAGUCCUGUAACCACCACCGGCCAGUCAGAACUGAGGAUGACGUUUGGUCCCACAGCUACCAAUGGUUUAGACAGCUCCAUUCCCUUGGCCUACAUGAAACUGGAUCACCAGUUACAGCCUCUGACUCCGUGUCCCAACUCCAAAGAGUCCAUGGCAGUGUUUGAGCAGCACAUUCGGAUGGUUCAUGAGUACCUCAAAAUCCAAUCAGAGAUCGCUCACCUUGCUCUGAGGAAACAGGAGCUGGUGUCUGAGUUGGAGCAGGAACAGAAGGAGCAGCAGACUUCAUCUAGGCUCAUCCAGGAGCACAGCAAGCUGCUGGAAGACCACAGCAACCUGUUGACUCACUGCCAGAGCCUGAGGAGCACACUGAGCAUGAUUCGGAGUCCGAACCAGCACCACAGCUAGGACAGGAGACCUCUGAAGGAUCACAGGGACCAAUCAUUGAGUAGGGAAGCCCGUUAUCCUGAGACAAUGUUUCAAGAUAACAUUAGAUUUCAGUUGUUAGUUUGGCAUUGGAGGCUUUAAACGCCAACUGAAGUUUAAGUACUCACUUGCAUAAUGACAUAUAAACUCUACUUAUAAGGCAGCUGUUAAAAACUGACUAUGGAGAUAUUUGUGGGGAUUAAAAAAAAAACUUCAAGGCACAGCAACAUGUAGUCCCGUGACCUCAAAACUCUACAUGUACGGAGAGCUGAGAUCACAGAUGGAGCUACCUGCUAACAGAGUUGGCCCACAGUGUGCUUUAAACUGCAGUGUGCUCAAUAUUUCCAGUUUAGACUGUUGGAACUUUUAAUACUUUGCAGUGCACUCGUCAGUUAAAUAACAGCACCGACAUUUUCACUCAGUAGCAAACAUUUACUCCCACUAAUGUAGAGGGUACUGUCACUAGGGGAAAAUAAGUCCAACACCCCUGGGUUUAACCGUGUAAUUGAUGUAAAGGUUCAUUUCAGUCUUUCACAGUUGUAUAGUAUGUAAGGUAUUGUGGGACCAAAGAAAUGAACUUGGACUGGUACUCUGAGGUGGACUUUGCAUUGAGGAAAAACAUGAAGCUACAGGUGUCUUUUCCUCGUGGGGUUAGAAGAUGAUUUGCCUUUCCACCAGUGAAAACUCUUUGUACUGAUUCCCCCCCGCUUUUGUUUAGAAUUACUGAAAACUAUUGUGACACAAAGACUAUUGUGAUUUGUAAAUUCUGCCUUUUAUAUAUUCAAUUUAUCUUAUUUCAUUGUGUUGUAGAUGAAAGGCACUUACUUUAUCAUUUUAAACCAUUUUACUGUGAAUUUAAGACCAAAGGAAUUCUGCCUUGCAGCAAAAAAAUGGAAAUAACUGAAGAGUGUUCAACUUUUUGAUUUGUAUUUUUAUUGCUUUUUUUUUUUUUUUUUACACAGUUAUAUUUCACAGAAUUAUAUUAACUUUUUAUCUGCACUGCACUAGUUUGGGUCUAAGAAAUCUUCCACAUGUGUUGUAGGCUCUCUUUAGUUUCUGUGACAGAAGGUUAUUUAGGAAUGGGAUGGAUUUUUUGAUGAAAUACAUGUGUUCAGGUGUUGCCUUACACUUUAUUCUUUCAUCUCAGUUAACUUCAUGAAUAGUAAGAAUUCCUGAAACAUUACUCCUGUGAUUUUAAAAUGUACAGACUGAAAUUAUAGGCUUUUAAAAAGUAAAAAAAAAAAGUGUUCCGUAUUCUGUCAGUUGUUUUAAGUUGGACGUUGUGUUAUGGCUGGCAGAGCCAUAGAGCCAUUCCCAUGUGUGGAUCAAUGGUGGUAAAACAGAACAGAAGUUCUAGUUGGAAUCAAGCGAUGACUCAGCAACAUUUGAACUCGAUUGUGACAACAGACGGGGGGUUGUUUGAUCUCUGUCAAUCAGGUCUUAUAAAAUCUCACACUUACAGUCUCUAUGAAGCAUGUUAGCUGAGUUUUCAGUGUUAGGCUCUUACAAAAAAAAACUUUAAACUAUUAAUUAGUGUAUUAUACUUGAGUAGAUGCAUCAACAAUUCUUGGAAAAAAAAUAAACAAACAAAAAAAUUAUUA